AUGGUCAUCUUGCCCGUGUUUGCACUGAUCGCCCAGGCCUUUCUCUGGGCCAACAGUCGCUAUGCUGACGUAAAGUCCGCACACUCAUUAGCCACGGUAUCCGCGGUGAGCAACGUCACUAUACUCGAGGGUUCUUGUGAACCCCUCCAUUUGCCUCCCGUGGAACAGUGCACCCAUGUACGUGCAGAGUGCGACCCCUCUGAAACAUUUCUCUCGAUUUCCUAUCUCGAGAAUUAUUUUUGCACGCCGCCAAGUGUUCGACCUCUUGCCUUUGGGGGGCUAGUCUUAUGGCUCUUCUUUCUAUUUUCGUUUAUAGGAAUAUGUGCUUCCGACUUCUUCUGUCCCAAUCUUGCGACAAUUGCCAGCACGCUUGGCCUCAAUGAGAAUGUGGCCGGGGUAACAUUCCUGGCUUUUGGAAAUGGCUCCCCCGAUCUGUUCUCUACAUUCUCAGCAAUGCGAGCAGGCUCGGGGAGUUUGGCAAUAGGCGAGCUUCUGGGUGCUGCCUCCUUCAUUGUUUCCGUUGUUGCUGGGUCCAUGCCUCUUGUGCGGCCGUUUCGCGUUAAUCCUGGUUCGUUUAUGCGGGACGUUGGUUUCUUCACCUUAUCGGUGGCCUGUAUACUGGUUAUCCUGAUCGACGGGGAAAUACAUGCGUGGGAGGCACUGGCAAUGGUUGGACUAUAUUUGGUUUACGUCUGUGUGGUUGUUGGAGGAUCGUGGGUAGAGAACCGGCGCCGACGACUUGCGGAUCGCGAGGCUUUGAUUCGCGGAGAAUACAUCGACACACCUACAGACUCAGCAGAACAAACCCCAUUUGAACCAUAUCGUGAUGAAGAUUACACUUCAUUACCCACGCCCAGUGUGCGAACCCGAGCUUACUCCAAUCCAGUGGCCCCCUUAGGUCAGGACACACUAGGUGUACCCUCCUCGCGCAUGCGCGCGCGACCGCCUUUGCAUAUUCCGCACGAUUCGGGCUCGCGAGCAUCAUCAGCCUCGGCUUCUCCAUUAACUUCCUCAAGAUCUCCCUCCCAUGUUCACCAGCUUCCUUCCUUCUCGCUUCUUGGUGCACUAGAAUUCCGGACCGUGGUCAACUCGCUUCAUGGGUCGUCGACUGCAGGGACGUUAAGCAUGUUUGAUGCUCCUGUAAGCCCAUAUGCAGCAGGUCACUAUCGACGAUUGUCCAUCGUCAGCAGCGGAUCAUCUGCGUCAAGCGUGCGGCGGGGUGCCACUACUGCUCCUCCGACAAUGGAGGGCACUGACCCCGAAGAGCGACAUGACCCGUGGGACGCUGCAUUUAGCCUGCAGCUCAGUGAGCGUGGGGGCGGGAACGGGAAUGCAAACAAUGGUGCUAUGAUUGCACCAGCUGCUGAGGUCCACCGUGCGAAAUCACCUGUGCCAUCUAUCCAUGUCUUCUCUCCCAGCAGCCCAGGCAACGGAACCGGGCCGGCAGCACCUCGCAAAUUGUUUGUACCUGACGAUGCACCCACCCAGCCGCAGUGGAAGCUCGUUCUGCGUCAAGUGAUACACACACUCUUCCCCUCACUUGUAGAUCUCUCUUCACGUCCCUGGCUGUGGAAGCUUGUCGCAGUUUGCUCUGCACCGGCGAUAUUUGCCCUCACGCUGACGCUACCAGUUGUUGUCAAUGAGCCCGAGUCUAACUUGGGCGAUGGAGCUGAAAGACCGGUAACGCCCUUGCUUAUCGACUACGACGGAUCUGACGCAGAGGACGAGAUGAUACAAGCCCGCAUGGAAGUCGAGGAACACAUCCAUGACGUACACUUUAAUAAAUGGUUGACCGCCACCCAAUCCGGCCAGAAGCACGUGGCAUGGUAUAUACUGGCCGCCUCGCUUUGUGGUGUCUCGGUUGCGACCCUCACUGCCGUAUUUUCCAAUGACGGCAAGAACCCUGCGGCCCGACUCGCGCGUUGUUUUAUUGGCUUCGGUGUUGCCAUGGUCUGGAUUAUGGCCAUUGCCGAUGAGGUCGUACAGACGUUUGGCCAUAUCUUUGGACUCUCAGAUGCAAUCAUAGGCUUGACUAUCUUCGCCAUUGGGAACUCGCUAGCCGAUUUUGUUGCCAACUUUACGGUGGCAGCAUUUGCGCCGGUGAUGGGUGUGUCCGCUUGUUUCGGAGGACCCAUGUUGAACAUGCUGCUCGGUAUCGGUCUCUCGGGUUCCUAUGUUAUUUCCCAAACUGGUGAGACCUACAAGGUCGACCUCUCACCCACGCUAUUGGUUAGCACUAUUGGUCUCCUCUGCUUAUUAAUCUACACUCUUGCGAUCGUGCCACUCAAUGACUUUAACCUCACCCCUCGCUGGGGCCUGAUGCUUAUUGUGGGCUAUGUCAUUGUGAUGUGCGUUAACGUAUUCGUAGAGGUUAAAAAGGCUUAA